AAGAUAAAAAUGUUUUCCAUAAAAUACUGGUUAUAUUGUAUUAUAUUAUAUAUUUUUAAUUGACUUAACUACAAUAAAGCAAGUCAGGCCACCAUCUGGACACCCAUACAAAUCGAACUGAACAUGAAGGGGGGUGUAAAUAUUUUGCGAAUUUUAAACAAAGUUCAAAUAUAUGGCAUAGCACCCACUCUGACAUUAUUUACAUCAUUUGACAACAGCAAAGAUGUACAAGAACCACCUGAGCUCCACAUUAUGUUUAGGGGGGAGCGCCAGGCCUCUGUGAUUGAAGUGGAACCAAUGAUUCCUGAUGAGGAUGACAGUCAGAGUCAUCUGACAGAACACACGCAGCAAGAAACGUGCGAGCACCUGGAGGCAUACAGCGGCGUCACUGUGACAGCAAUGGCAAAGUCAAAGUACUAAAAGAAAGAUUCCAGUCCGCAAACCAGCUCAGGAGGAGGUGAAGAAUGAUGUGCAAGAAGAGGCUCCAACUGCCCAUAUAACUCUUUCCAAAACAAAACAAACAGUUGAGAUGCUGAAAGAGAAGAUCCAUGCUCUGGAGGAAAAAGUGGAGUCUUUGACUGAAGAGAGAAACUUUCUCAGAGAGAGACUGGAAGAUGCCCUUAAACUGAAAGCUGAAGUUCCAGAACAGUCCCAGAAUCAUACAGCAUCCCAGAUGGAGUCAUCUGAAGAUACAACAUCUUCUGACUCAAGCUCUGAUUCAUCUGAGCCUUCACGAAAGAAGUAUAAAAAGAAACCAAAAAAGAAGAAAUCAAAGAAAGCACGGGCCUGUGAUUUCAAAAGAGUAAAAACACCUGAGGAGUCUGUUUGUCGGUACCAGAAAGUCCUACGGCUUAUUAAAAGUGGCUCAACAAAGGCGGAUGCCUAUAACAGUGUGGGGGUGGACCGCAACACCAUUGUGAACCAAGCACCAAUUGCAGAGCUGGCUGCUGUUAGCCCUGACAUAUUCAAGAUCCUGAGGGCUGGUUUCAAAAAAGGGGACAGUCUGCUAAAAUUUGCAGAAAAAUGUAUGGCUCAAUGCAUCUUAGAGCCAAAUGCAAGUCAGAUCAGAGCUAUGAAAGAAGCCAGUGGUCUGCUGGACAUUCUGAAAAAGUAAAUGUUCAUCGGUAUAUUUUAGUGUUGUUACUUAGGAAUGCAUUUGGUCUUAGUGUUAGUAAAUCAGAAUUUAAAAUAGUCCAUGAAACAGGACAAUAACCUGUUAGAAAAAAGUUGUUACAUUUACAGUAUACCCGUUUCUCAUAGUUCUAAGAACAUUUUAAGCAGUGUUGUUACUGUUAUGACUGCUUUUGUUGUACUAAUAAAAAUUUAGAACAAUCAUCUUUCCCCUUUUAUAUUUAAGUUUUUCUCUUUAGUACAGCUCAGCUAAUGAGCUAGGUUUUUUUUUUUUUGUUUUUAAGCUAAUGGAUGUCAUAGAAAGGGGAGUAUUUAAUUUUAUGUUUUGUAAAUGUUUUAAUGAUUUGUUUUAAUGUAUGUGUUAUGGAAACAUGUUUCUUAAGCACUGUACAUGUGUAAAGUGUUACAAGUGUACACACUUUACAAGUGUUUAAUCUGCGUUUAAUAAAUGGCUUUUAUAAACUCUAGUGAUGGUCAUUAAUUAAUCAUUAGCUGAUGGUUUGUGAAUAUAUCAUUAUGUUGUGACUUUACUUGUUGAGGCACAUCAUCAUUUAAUAACUGUAGUAAUUUACACAUGAAUUUGCACAAAUAAUGCAGUAAUUAAUCAUGUAUUAAUGCAUAUUACUUUACCUGUUUUGCCUGGAAGUUGAAAUACAAGGCUUUGCCUCACUGUGGUAGUUAACAAGUUAAUUAAAACUAUUAGUUAAAGAAAUAAGUUAUUAGGGAAUUAAUCCAUAAUCACAUAUUUAAUUAAUAACAAUUCAUGUAUUAACUAAUAUAUUAACCAGACUGACUCAUUAUUAGUUGAUAAUGUGGCAAUCAUUAACGAAUAGCUUAGAUAAUCAUGAGUUAUACAUUAAUUCAGUAUCAUCUGUGCAUUAGUUAAGCAUGAAUUAAUGCUUAUUAGUGCACA